UAUUCUAAAUAAACAAAAUACUAAUAUAUAAGUUAUUAUGUGGCACAGUUUUCUAACAUUAGUUUAUUAGCAUAGGACAACAUAAAUCUGUGUUGACUCACUGCCUCUCCCUAUAUUAUUACUUGCAAGGGAGAAAGAGAGAGAGUUGGGUGAUAGAAUUGAAUUGAUCUUGCAAAGUUGAGGGUUAGAGAUGGCAAUUUCGGGGUCAGAGACUCAGAGUUCCUCAGUGAAAAGCGUGGCACAGGUUGAAGUUGAGUGUGUGAAAUGCGACUCGUGUGGUUUCACAGAAGAGUGCACCCCUGCAUACAUCUCAAGGGUGCGUCAGAGGUACCAGGGUCGAUGGCUAUGCGGUCUUUGUGUGGAGGCUGUGCAACACGAGGUGGUGAGAUCAGAUAGUGUCAUCUCCACGGAAGAAGCUCUGGACCGCCACAUCAGUUUCUGCAGAGAGUUCAGAUCAUCAACGGUUCUAAAUAAAACAGAGCACCCCAUCUUCGUCAUGGGGCGCGUUCUCCGGAGGAGCUUGGAUUCUCCCCGGCCUCUCCGGUCCAACUCCAGUGGGGCGCUUCCCUCCGUCGAUGGAGUUCGCGCCCCACACUUGAUUCGAUCGGAGAGUUGCUUCUCCACCAUCUCCGGUUAAAUUAAAGGUCUAUUUGUUUUGUUUUUGACUCUUGCAGUUGCAGGUAAAGCAUGAAGCAUAGAAAGUAGAACUCUCUGUGAGUAUGUUUUUCUAUGAUUGUGAGAGGUGUUAGAAAUCUAUAACAAAGGCUCUCUAACAUUUGCCCUUUCGGUUUAGAUUGAUUGAGGGAAUUGAUCCUUGUGCUCAUAGUGUUAGAAAUUUGAUGAGGCCUGGGCCUACUAGGCCUACUGAUGAUGACUUCAGUACUAGCUCCUUUUUCUAUGAUCUUCAAUGUAUAUAGAGACUCAUUAUCAAAUUCUAAAAUUUACUUCUUCUAAUUUCUUUAUCUUUCUUGUAUCUUCUGGGAAGAUAAAGAAUAUGCCUAUUUCCUGACCAUAAAACUUCCUGAAUAUUCCAGCUGA